AUGCCUUUCUUCAAGGAAUUUCGGCGCAAGAAGACAACCUCUAAGACAGACAUAUCCCCAAACAGCUCCAACGAAUCAAACGGUUCCAAUGGCACCAAUGGCACCGUUCCAACCACCAAAUCCUCCUCCACUAUAAACUCCGUCUAUGCCUCCUCCACACCCCCUUCUUCAAUACAACCACACCAAUCCACUCCAACCCUUGUCACGAGCAAGUCCACCGGCGCAAUGACACCAUUGCCUCAAAGGCCAAUGCCCUUAAGCUCAGUGAGCAACAGAAGCAGUUUCAUGGGACUGAGCACUCCAUCCAUCAAUGGAACCACUACACUCAAGAUGCCAGUUUCAAGCUUUGCGCCCCGGAUAUUAUCCGUUUCCGACAACUCCUGGGUACACCAAAAAGUGCUCCUCGUGUAUGGUCAAAUAGGUGACCCUUCGGAAAAGACGCUCGACGGUACUUUGACGGUGUGCCAUCAUCAAGAUAGUUUCCCGGCAACGAUGUGGCCCGUUAGCGAUUCCCACUUCAAAGCUUUGGUCCAUUUAUCCCCUGGUCCCAAUCGAUUACGUUUUGACUUUAUGUCUCCAAAAGUAGCUUCCAACAACUCCUCUCUACCCGCACAUUCGUCUUGGAUCAACGUCAACUUCCUUCCGUUGAUCAAUUCACCACCGCUCCAACUUGUUAUACUGCUAGGAAAGGACUCUCCAGCCACUUUCGACGCCGUGCCGGAGCGAAAGCAGAGAGAAGGGAAUGAUUUGGACAUAGCGGUCCGGAAGUUCCGUAUGGCGGCAUACUUAUGGCAAGCGUUCACUGGAGAACAGAUGUACCGCAACGGCUUCGGAAGGAGAUGCUUUCGAUUUGAGGAAGAAUGGCAGACUGGAUCCUUGACCUUUCGAGACAAAGAGAUGGGACAGAUGAGGAAUGAAGCAAAGGUGCAUGUCGUGAGAACAGAAAAGACGGUGAAAGAGCUUCGGGAUUUAGAUCUUGCACAACAGUAUGACAAUGCAACUCACAAGGGUGAGCUCUACAGCAUUGCGAUGGAAGCAGUCAAAGAGCAUUUCAACCCCGUCAAAGGGCAAAUGCAGUUCAUCUCGCUAUUGUUGCUUGAUGCGCACUGGGAUACGAAAGCAAAGACCAUCACCGGUCAUGCAGCUCUUGGUGGAGGCACUGGCGAGGUGCAGCUCGCAAUCUUCGGCUCUCAAGCUCUUCAGAGCUAUCCUGCAAGCAUUGAGGAGGUAGUCCCUGCUUUCUCUGACUGCACUAGAACAAAUACCAACUUUGUUGCGAACGAUUGCAACGAAUCAGGGAGCAAUUGGGAGGCCGCAAACAUAGGAAUAGGUGCUCACCUUCACGAGACCGGUCACUUGUUCGGCUGCCCUCAUCAAGAGUCUGGCAUCAUGCUGCGGGAUUACGUGCGCCUAAAUCGAACUUUCCUGUGCAGAGAACCAUAUUCGACUCGAACGAAAUCACCGGGUGUACGACUGUGUCUGCCAAAAGACGAGUGCGGUUGGCACAGGCUUGAUGCACUACGCUUCAAGUACCAUCCAUGCUUUCGAUUACCAACAGACGGGCCGCUCAAUCCCGACGAGAGCAUCCAAGUAUGGCCUGCUGAUAAUGGGAAAGCUCUCAUCACGGCCCCCACCGGUGUCUCUUUUGUCGAAAUCUUUACUGAGGGUGACGAGACUUGUCGUGCUUGGCUCGAGUACAGUAGUGGCGAUGUUCAGUCAGUCGGUCCGCCGCGACAGAUCGUGCUUACCGAAAAUGAUCUAAAAGCUCGGUUGCCAGAGGACAGGAAGAACAGCAAGAAAUUAAGGAUCAAGAUCUAUUCUGCCGGGCAAGGAAGCCAUGAAGUUGUCGAUUUUAAUACGCUCUUGAGGUCAAAAAACCACGUGGUGAAGCUACCAAAUGGGCAAUUGGGAUUCAAGGGUUGCAAGUUAGGGGAGUCUGGGCAGGAAGGCAGUCAACCUGAGCAGGUCAUACUCGAAACAGCUCAUUUACAAAACAAGCUACUCACAUCGAUCAAAGUAUAUCACGGCUUUGCAUUAGAUGGCUUGGAGUUCUUGUACGAAGAUUCAACAAGCCAACUGUUUGGAAAAAGAGGAGGCCAGCCGGGCGGCAGCGAAUUCAUGUUUGAUACACGACGAGGCGAAAUCUUGCUGGGUUUUUAUCUGCGAGCUGGACUCUGGAUCGACGGCAUUGAAAUACUGACAAGCCUAGGCAGACGAUCAGGUAUUUUUGGUAAUCCAAACGGUGGAUCUGGGCACACCCUAAUACCACCUCGAGGAUACUGCAUCGCAGGUGUAUCCGGCUCGUGCGGUCAAUGGGUGGACGGUUUUUCGCUCAUCAUCACUCGGUAG